AUGAGUGUCCGCGUCGUCGCUCGCAUACGGCCUCUACUAAAGCUUGAACUCGACAAAGACUCCAUCGUUACCGCAGCGCCAGCCGGGAACGAGACAAUCGGCAGUCCAACCGUUGUGCGCAUACCGAACCCCAAGAAUGAGGCCGAGCAUUUCAGCUUCCAGUUCAAUAGUGUGUAUGAUCAGGAGGCGACGCAGCAGGAUAUCUACGAUCACGAAGUUGCGCCGACCGUCAAGCACCUCUUCAAUGGCUUCGACACUACCAUUUUCGCAUACGGCGUCACGGGCACAGGCAAGACGCAUACCAUGCGCGGUGGGAAAUCAUUAGCAGACCGAGGUGUCAUACCGCGCCUGCUGAGCAGCAUAUACCGACGGAGCCGGAAGAUAGAAAAGGAUUCUGGAGGGUCGACACAGGUGGAGGUGGCUAUGAGCUACUACGAGAUUUACUGCGAUCGUGUCUAUGAUCUGUUCGAGCCACCAGAUAAGAGGACUCCAUCCGGCCUCCCUAUACGGGACAAUAAUGGGAAGACGGUGGUGGUUGGAUUGACAGAACGGCCGUGUACGACUUUGAAGGAGUUUGAGCAGCUCUAUGAUCAGGCCAAUGUGAACCGCUCGACUUCUGCGACGAAGCUGAACGCGCAUUCGUCGCGCUCGCACGCCAUCCUUUGCGUCAAAGUCACCCAGACUACGGAGACACACACACGCAUCAGUACCGCAUCAGCAAUCGACUUGGCGGGCUCCGAAGACAAUCGCCGGACAGAAAAUGUAAAAGACAGGAUGGUCGAGUCAGCAAGCAUCAACAAGUCGCUCUUCGUCCUCGCACAAUGUGUGGAAGCGAUUAGCAGAAAGCAGUCGCGCAUACCAUACCGGGAAUCGAAGAUGACCCGAAUCCUGUCACUAGGACAGAACAACGGACUUACCCUCAUGAUCCUCAAUCUCGCGCCCGUACGCUCCUACCACCUCGACACCCUCAGCUCUCUGAACUUCGCAAAUCGGACGAAAAAGAUAGAGGUGUGCGAAAUUGAGAACGAGCCUGUGCUCAGAAAGAUCACGGGAAAGCCGAGUACGACCGCCAGCAUUACGGGUUCCAACAUCCAGAGGCAGCCCCUGAGACCUUUGACGGCGUGCGUGAACGCGAACCUGGCCGAUCCAGAGAAGAAGGCCGAAAAGCCGGUCAAGGCAUUCUCAGUAUACUCAGAUAAGAGCAAACCGGCAAGAUCCUCAGGGAUACCCAGCCAGGUGCGGAAAGUCGAAAACCACAAGCGCCCGUUGGACUCGUCAAGCGCGGGACCAACCAGACCAACCAAGAUGACUAGACCCAGCGAUCCCAAACUCACCACCCGCGUAGACCCAAGUCUCUCAAAAGAAAGCAUAGAAGCCAUGAUCGAUGCAAAGAUCGAAGCUCGGCUUGCCAACCACGUCCUCAGCGACAACACCGCCGCAUCGCUCCAGGCCAUCCCAGAGGAGCUGCAGCGCCGCCUGGACGCGUUGGAGCAGCGCGUGGAAGAAAAGGAGGAUGAUCGAGCACAGGGUUUGCAGUACCUCCUCAUGGCCAAACAACAUCAUGUCCGCGGCGAGAGUGUUAGUGAGCUUAAGAUGUACCAGCUCGCGCUGCCAUUCUUCCCGGAGAAUCAGAAACUGGGACAGAAAAUCUUGGCCCUCCAAGAGAAGCUGCGCUUGAAGCGGGAGGAGAAGACGAGCAAGCCACAUGUCAUAUCGGAUGCACAAGUGUUAGCAGUGCCACGGCACAAGUACGAAGCGCCCGAGCCGGUACCUGCUGCAGUCGACACAAAAGACCAAAACAAGCGAAGAAACCGCAGCAGUCCAGACCACGAAGACUACCAAUACCAUCCAGCGCCAGACGCAGCAGACGACUCCUACGUCUCCGACGACGGCUUCCGCUUCAAAGCCAAACCCAAACCCAAAUCGCAACCCCCGAAGUCAAAAGUCCAGAUCUUCCGCGAAGUUCACGACUCGACGGAGUCAGGAGCGCGAAUCCACACGCCACGAACCCAGCACAUCAUCCACGUCAUCAACUCGCGGGACCCGGCGCAAAUAAGACUGCUCAGGGGCGUCGGGGCUAAGAAGGCGGAAGCUAUCGUGAACUCCUUAUGCGAGAUGGACGACGGGGAGGAGGGACGACCGAUCACGGACCUUGAGCAGCUGGGCGGGUUGCGAGGGGUUGGUGCGAAGACGGUUGAGAAUAUGAGGGCUGGCUUGGCGAUAGUGUGA